CAGAGGCACGAGGAGGGUGGGCUGUGGAAAUGGCUGUACGGCGAGUGUCAGCCCAAAGCGAACCUGUCACCGAGCAACAGAGUGUCUGUGUGUCCUGACCGGGGGGCACCUAUGACCUGUCUGUGCUCCUUCCCACACUCACAGUUGAUCGGAUCUAGAUGAGUGAUAUAAAUCAUGGCUGUGCCAUUUGUUGAAGACUGGGAUCUGGUACAGACGCUAGGAGAGGGAGCCUAUGGAGAAGUACAGCUGGCGGUGAACCGGAAGACUGAAGAGGCAGUGGCAGUAAAGAUUGUGGAUAUGAAACGAGCAGCUGAUUGUCCAGAAAACAUAAAGAAAGAGAUUUGUAUCAAUAAAAUGCUCAACCACACCAAUAUCGUCAAGUUCUACGGGCACCGCAAAGAAGGCACCAUUCAGUAUCUGUUCCUGGAGUACUGCAGGGGAGGAGAACUCUUCGAUAGAAUUGAACCGGAUGUGGGUAUGCCAGAGCAGGAUGCACAGAAGUUCUUCCAGCAGCUCAUUGCUGGCGUGGAAUAUCUUCAUGGUCUUGGAAUUACACAUCGAGAUAUAAAACCUGAAAACUUGCUUCUAGAUGACAGAGAUAAGCUUAAGAUUUCUGAUUUUGGCCUGGCCACUGUGUUCAGACAUAAUGGGCGGGAGCGUCUACUGAACAAGAUGUGUGGGACUCUGCCCUAUGUAGCACCGGAGCUUAUAAAGCUGAGGUCAUUUCAUGCUGAACCCGUGGAUAUUUGGUCAUGUGGGAUUGUUCUGACCGCAAUGCUAGCUGGAGAGCUUCCAUGGGAUCAGCCUAAUGAUGCAUGUCAAGAAUAUUGUGACUGGAAAGAGUCAAAACACUACCUUAAUCCGUGGAAAAAGAUUGACUCCACGCCUCUUGCUUUGUUGUGUAAACUCCUAACCGAAAAUCCCAGUACAAGGAUGAUUGUUUCAGACAUCAAGAAAGACCGCUGGUUUAGUAAACCGCUGAAUAAAGGUCUGAAAAGACACCGCGUAUGCUCAGGGGGUGCAACAGAAACAUCAGAGAUUUUCAGUAAACACAUACGUAGUGAUGCGGACAAGUCUCUUCUCUCACACAGUGAUGAGAAGACAAAGUAUUCCAGCACACAGCCUGAGCCUCGCACAGCCCUCUCGAGCUGGGACAGUAGUAACACCUCUAAUAUAGAUAGCCUGGUGCAGGGUAAAGGAUAUAGUUUCUCUCAACCGGCCUGUCCAGAAAACAUGCUGCUAAGCAGCCAGCUGCUGGGCACCCCGGGUGCCUCCCAGAACCCAUGGCAUCGUUUAGUAAAAAGGAUGACCCGCUUCUUCACCAACGUCGAUGCUGAAAGUACUUAUAAUAGUCUGAAGGACACGUGCGAAAAGAUGGGUUAUGUGUGGAGAAAAGGCUGUGCCAAUCAGGUGACACUUUCAACAACUGACAGGCGAAACAACAAAUUAAUAUUUAAGGUUAAUUUGGUGGAGAUGGAGGAAAGAAUGUUACUGGAUUUUCGCCUUUCAAAGGGUGAUGGCCUAGAGUUCAAGCGACAUUUCUUGAAGAUAAAGAAAAAGCUGGAAGACAUAGUGGCCGUUCAGAAAGUUAUUGUGUCUAUCACCUGAUUGUGGGGUUCCCAGACUUGCGAUCAUUUAUUGCCAACCCCCUUCUUGCAUUGCUGUUGAGUACCAGUUCUGGACUCCUUUAUUUUCUGUUAGGACCUGUAGUUGUGGUCAUUGGCAGUACGGCGGGGGGUCAUUUGGACUGCUCCCAGCUUACAUGGAGAAGGAGGAGUUCCGUUUAUUUCAUGGUGCCGUCGGAUUCACUGUGGGCUUGACACGUUUCUUUGCCUUAAUACAAGCUCUUAUUAGGGCUUCCUUGGCACGUUUGGUAUUUUCACAGUUUGUGAAGCAUACAAAGCUUGGGGUCUACACAUAAACCUUAAGUUGUUCCAUAUCUCUAUUUCCCAGUGUUGUGGUGUUCAUGAAUUUAAACUUCCAAAAAGUGGGAGUUCCAUUUUUGGGUGGAACUCUGCUUUAAUAUAUAUUUUCAUAUCACUAAGAUACCUUCUGUUCACAGAAAUCCUUUCACAGUUAUUACUCUUUAAAUUAUUUGUAGGCAGUAACCAGAGCUAAAAAUGUAGAGUUUGGGCCCUGAGGCCAUCACAGCGAUAAAUAUAUAAAAAAAGUGAAUGUUUAAGCCAUUUGUAACAUACGUUUUAUAUGUAAAUAAAUGCAUCACUUUGGAGAAAGUUA